CUAUUUCACUAUCAUAUUUCACUAUUCAAGAUGGCGUCCUUGCAGGGAGCUGUGCGAGGAGGUCAUCGUGAAAAUGCAGGACGAAAAAGGAAAUAUGAAGGCGAAAAUCGAAGAAAAUCGUGGGGAGGUCAACACAAGAGGAUCUAUUUAUUGAAUAACAUUUUUGAAGCGUGGAAAAGCUCAAAAAGCGAGGCGGGAUACGACAAAUGUAGUCAUAGCGACUUCGCCGCGCAUCUGUUAUCUUUAGAGUAUAGAAGAAGGUACGGAUAAUGAAAUUUGUAUGUUUAAGUUUGAUUCAAUUUGUAAGACGUAAUGAAAUGUGUGCUGUUUAACUAUUUUAGGUCGGAAAUAAAGCAUUCACAGCGACGAACGCAAAGUGAAGCAACCACCGAAUGUGCUACAGAAAUAACAGAACAAGCCAUUCAAAAUAUUUAUCAAGGUAAUCCCUGUGCGUCCACAAACAUAAAUAGCCCCAAAUGAUAUACUAUUAAGCCUGCCGCACACGAGAGCUAUCUGCUGAGCAAAAAGUUACUCGUGCCUGUUAGCUCAGCUGAUAGCUCACCGAUCAAACAUGUUUGAUACGUGAGAAAAGGUUGCAUGAGGCAAAAAACUCAGUAAAAUGUACCCGCACACGGUGAGCUAUCGGCUGAGCUAACAGGCACGAGUAACUUUUUGCUCAGCAGAUAGCUCUCGUGUGCGGCAGGCUUUACAGUAAACAAGCAACAGAAUGCUAUAUCAAUGUUGAUGAAUUGUCAAAUGGGUAGUUCAAUGAAUGGAUGUAAUGCAUUGAACAUGGCCGAUUACAAUGGAUUACAAUUUCUUUAAGGCCAAGAAACAUCCACGCCGUUAAAAACUGGAGAAAGCCUACAGCUUCCUUCUCCAUCUGAAUCCCCUGUUAUUGGAGAUGAAGUCGAGGAUAAUACCAUUGCAACAAUUGAUGCGAAUACAAGCUUUGCUCGGUCUGAUGCAACCCUUCUUGACAGGUACUGAUUGUAAAGUAAUAUUUGUAGUUUAUUAUGGAAUUGUGAAUGUGCGUAGCAACAAUAUAUUUGUUGUAUCUCAAAUUAUUUAUAUCUGGUUCUACUAUAACCAAUGCAAUAAAUGUGUCCAUGUUCACGGAUGAUCACCAAUGGCUAGGGGGACAAUGUGACCAUGUUGAUACAGAUGGUGAUGAUAGCCAUGACAAAAGUCUUCCCUUUUUUGAUCGUCGAGAUAAAGACUUUAUCGAGUUACAAAAAGUUAUUUUAAACUCUCAACUACUUGACAGUUUCAAGUAUUAUACUCGUUUCAGGUAAAGUAAAAGUGUCUUGUCACAAGCCCUAGUUGCAGGUGUGACGUUGCGAAUAUCCCGUGAUUGGGGGGGGGGGUGCUGCCAGCCCGAAAUUUCCAACAGAAUUUCAAAAUUUUCCAAUGACCUCCCCCCUCUGCCCAAAUAUUUUUCAGAAAGACCUAACAUAAAGGUGGCUUUUAGCCCUAUUUACGAUACUGGGUAUUUAGGUACCUCUUCCCCCGAAAAAAUUGUUGCUGUUUAUUGUGCCAAUGGACACUGCAUUUGGGGGGGGGGGCACCCCCAUAGCUACGUCCCUGCCUGGUUGUUACAAUACAUGUCUCAAAGACAAUGUUGAAUUAUAUAGGCAUUUUUUUAAAUAUUUCAUCUGCUUUAGGCAUACUGGUAGUAUUGAGUGUGUGAACAGUCUUGGUUUGGUAUAUACUCCAAAGAGAACUCCCUUCAAGUAAGUUUUUAGCAAGUAUGAAUAUGACACAUUGAUGGUACUCCAAGUGUCCAUGCCAAGCAGGCUGAAAACCUGGCCAUGGUGAGAAUUGAACCUGCGAUCUGCUGUGCCCAGUCAACAUCAAUAUAUCAUAUUCACCUGAGUAUAAAACACCAACACAAAUUUUCAAAAUACAAAAAAAAAUAUUACAACCCCUUAUUUUUUUAAGAAAUAUUUUAAAUUUUUUAUGACACCCCGCCCCCCUCUCUAGUGAGAAUAUAUAUUUCAUAGCCACCCCCCCCCCAUUCAUGCUGAAAAUAUGUUUGUGCCCCCCUUUUACACCUUAAAACUUUUUCGUAGCCCCCCAUUGGGCAUUAAUAAUGACUGAUUAAUUUAAUUUUAGUUAUCAAACUUACAAAGCAAGACGGCAACUCACUGCUAUUGAUUGGAAUUUCCAUGUUGACCUCCCACAGAAAACAUCCAAGUCUGGUAAUAACGUUGUCACCCGAAAAUACAACCAGAGAACCCGGCAGUGGGAUAUUAAGAAGGUGAAGCAAGAAAAAGGAUAUGCAUACAUCCCAGUGCUUAUUUCCCACAUGAUGAGGAGAAGAGCUAUGGACACAGAUUUUGUUACAACAGUCGUUGAUCUGAACAAGAGCGACCCGGCCCUUAUAUCGCCAACUAUUGCACAUGUUCCACAACCAACCACUAAAGAAAUCAUUACAAGAAGAAGCAGAUUUGCAAAACAAUAAAAAUUGAAGAUUGAUGUCAGUGAUUGCUGCCAUUUCAAAAUGCAGUGACUAAUUAAUGUAAAUAUUUUGAGGCAAUUUGCUGUGCUUCUAAAAUUU